GAGCGCGUCCUCUUUGUUGUGCAAGGCAUGGAUUGUGCAGGUUGUGCCGCUAGCGUAGAUGCGGUUGUCAAGCGCAUUCCAGGGGUCGCGAGCAACACUGUCAAUUAUACCACCUGUCAGCUGACUGUGGAUUAUGAGGGCCACCUGCUGUCAGGGGCGGCACUUCAGAAGGCGAUUGAAGCAGCUGGAUACAAAUGCUCGGUGGCGACCGAAUCUCAGGAAGAGAUGCUUCGCUCGCUUGGCAAGGCCGAUGAAGUGAAGGAGUUUCAACGCAACUUCUUUUUUUCUCUCGUUCUGUCCAUUCCUGUUAUUUUCAUCAGCACGAUCCUUCCGCUCUUUGGCAAGAAUGGAUUGCAGUUUGAGAUCACCCCUCGACUGUUCCUCUUUGAUUUGGUUCUCCUCAUACUGACGACGCCGCUUCAAUUUUAUUGCGCCAGACGCUUCUACCAAUUCACUUGGUCAGCUCUGCGUCGCUUCGAGACCAACGCCGAUACGCUCAUCACGCUGGGUAUGAGUGUUUCGUACCUCUACUCCAUCUUCGCCAUGGCGACCGCAAAACCUCACAAGAGACCCGAGACGCUGUUCGAGACAUCUGCUGAACUCGUCACAUUUGUUCUUUUUGGUCGCUGGCUUGAGGCAAGUGCCACGGGUAGCACAACAGAAGCCAUGGCUGCGCUUGUUAAGCUUGCUCCAGAUACAGCUGUUGUUGUUCGCAAUGAGCGUGAGGUCACGGUACCAGUCGAUGCUCUGACGGUGGGAGAUAUCAUUGUGCUCCAUCCAGGAACGAUUGUUCCAGCAGAUGCGAUUGUCAUUUCUGGUCAAGGCGAUUUUGAUGAAAGUAUGCUGACUGGUGAAAGUAUCCCUCGGCCAAAACAAAAAGAUGACCUGGUAGUUGCAGGUACUCGCAAUCUCAAUGGAAGCAUCGUCUGCAAAGUAAAAUUCGCAGGCCAAAUGACUCAGCUACAGCAAAUCAUCAAACUCGUCUCUGAUGCUCAGACCGGCGAAAAGGCAAAUGUACAAUCACUCGCUGAUCGCGUCGCUGCCAUUUUCACGCCCUGUGUUGUGAUCUUGUCGCUCAUCACCUUCAUUGCUUGGUAUGUUAUGGACCCUACACGCUAUCUGCACAAAUCUCGUGGCCAUUUCUAUGAUAGCUUGCGAUUCGCUAUUGCCGUCAUCGUUGCAAGUUGUCCGUGUGCUUUGGUUGUCGCUACGCCAGCAGCUGUCAUGGUUGGCACGGGUAAAGCAGCAUCCCUCGGCAUCCUCAUCAAAGGCGCACCUGUCCUUGAACAUAUGACGCAAGUCACAGACAUCAUCUUUGACAAGACGCGAACACUGACGACCGGCGAGUUUACACUCUCUGAGGCAAAGUUUAUCACGCCAAUGAGCCAAGUUGAGCAGCUUGAGUUGUGGCGAGCGGUUGCCGCUGCAGAAUCGGCAAGUGGUGCUGUGCAUCCAUUGGGUGCUGCCAUCCUUGCUCAUGUGGCGAAAUUGAGCUCAGAAACGUUACCCAUGGUACAGGAAUUUGAAUACCUGCCUGGUCGUGGUAUUGCUUGUAAGAUACAAGAUCGCUUGUUGAAGGUUGGCAAUCAUCUGUUGCUUGGCUUGCCGGCCAUCGAAGGCAACACCGAUACGAACGUUUUGGUAUCUGUUGAUAGUCAACAUGUCCUGAGCAUAGGCCUCAAAGAUCAACUACGCCCUGGUGCUCAACAAGUCGUGGCGAAGUUGCAGGAAGCAAGACAAGUUUGGAUACUGACCGGCGAUGAAGAGGCAUGUGCAGCUCCGAUUGCAAAGUCACUCGGCAUCUCUCCUGAUCACUUAUACGCGCAGUGUUCACUUCAAGACAAAGCUCGAUUUGUGACAGACUUGCAAGCGCAAGGUCGCAGGUGUCUCAUGAUGGGCGAUGGUGUGAAUGACUGUCUUGCAUUAAGUGAAGCGCAUGUUGCAGUGUCCAUGCAUGGGCCAGGCACACAAGUGGCUGUGGAUUCUGCAGAUGUCGUGAUUCUUGGUCAAGAUGCGGAUUCUGCCAUCUUGGUCAAACUUGUCCAUGCACUGGCACUGGCGGAGGCAACACUCGCUCGCAUCAAACUCAACCUGGUGCUUGCCUUUGGUUGGAACUUGUUGGCUUUACCGCUCGCUAUGGGAUUACUGGUACCCAUUACAGGCGCGGCUGUCUAUUUGCCACCAGGACUCGCAGGUGGGCUCAUGGCGAUGAGCUGUGUGGGGAUCAUCACUAGCAGCUUGAUGCUUCAACGAUGGCAACCACCA